GUAAAGGAAGCGAGUCUGUUGGGAUGGAUGGAAGCUUUGGGACUGGAAGGAUCUGGGGAGUUUCUUUUUUUUUUUCUGACAAAGACCUAUACUGUAUAAAUUGUGGAGCAAGACAUCAUUAAGAAGCUGCUGUAAGAGGGGGGAAAUGCCUCUAAUAAAAGGCUCAGUGUAUGAAGUUCUGGGGCUCAUUGCUGACCUAAGGAAACCUUGAGGUGUAAGCAGUUUCAGCCUUCCAAAGCAAAAUGAUUGGUUUCUGAAGAGAAGGGGCCAGCAAUGAAACAUGUUCCCUCUCUCCCUCCUCAGCCGUGGAAAUGGGCAAGUAGUACAGAGCAAACAGAAGAGGCUGGAGGUCUACUUGGAACCAGAGGAUUAUUUGAAUUUGACACCCCAAGGCAAACCCCCGAUCAGGAGGUCCCAGGAUGAGGCACAAAUCACAUACACCCUUCCUAAAACUUAUAGCACCAGAAAGGGUGUCUUGCUUCUUUAUUCAGAAGACUUGGCUCAACCAUCAUGGAAACAAGAAGAAAGGAAAAAAGAUCCCUGCCUCUACCGUCGCCAAAAGAAGAAGAAGUUAGGUUUUGCUCUGCAUACACUCAAAGACCUGAGAACAGCCAUAUUGGCAUAUGGGAGCGAAGGGAAGCAUCCCAAGGAUCAGAGUUGGCAACCAUACUUACAUUUCCUAAGUAAUUCAAAUAGCCAGACUGAACAACAGAUCCGUCCAGGCUAUUCAGCCAAGAGGUAUCUCCUCAGCCUCUUUCAAAAUUGGACUCCAAGCACUUUGUACAAGUUCCAGUGUUCAGGGUGUAUCAGGGACCCUAGGUUGUUCCAGGACAAUCAGCUUUACUUGCCAAAUCACAUCAGGAGGCAACAGGAUCUCUCAGCUAUACCAUCAAAAUAUCGUCUCCUGCCUGUUCACCCUUCAAUCUCUCCUUUCUGGACUGAGAAAGAACAACUGUCUGCUGAUGAUGAUGCAGAUGAAAGUGACUCUGAGGACUCUGAGGACAGUACUAUGGAGAAGGAAUAUUUCAGAGUGGAGAAAUAUUGGAAGGAAAACACUCUAUUGCCGCCACUGAAGCAGAAAUCAUCAGGGAAGGUCGCUUGGCUGGAUGAUGAAGAUCAUAGAGAGGACACGUGGAUGGUGCCUCGAGAAAAAACACCCACUUUCAAAGAGAGCCAGGGACUCCGUGGAAAGUCCCAACCACCACUGGGGACUAGCUCUGUGUUUACCACCCUUGACACUUACCAGUUCCUGAGUCAAAGAUCCCAUAGUACAUUCUUUGGAGGCACGAUCCCUGACAAUACAGACCCCAGUGAGGAUGUAAAGACCUCAGAGGACAAUAAACAGUUAGUUCCAGUAUCUCUAGAAGAAAAAUGUGCUUUACCACCUGUUGAACCCACCAGCACCUCAGAGCAAAACAUACCUGAAAAUGAAAAGAAAAAAAAGAUGUCAAAGUCUUUGAAAUUGCCUCCUAUCCCAGAACCACCAUCCAAAGCCCAGGAAUCACCGAAGAGUCAACUUAAUGUCUAUGGCAUCCCACAGGAGUUGCUUAUCCUUCCACUGGAGGUUCAUUUAUGUACUGCACUACAGCUCAAAGAGAAGGGACAAAGAGGAGAUAAUGCUUUUUCUCACCUGGAUGCGAUUCCUCAUAAAAGAAAGAAUUUAAGGAAAAAAAGUCACAAGAUUCAGAAGAAAACAUCGAAUUCCAGAAGUCCCAAAGACUUUAUAGGGGAUGAAAUGAACCAGGGUAACAUCCCGAAAGCAAUCAAAGGAAGUUCUCCGGACCCCGAACCUGGAAACAUGCUGAUGGGGCCUGCUGGAGACACGGCUUGCCAGGCCCUCUUGGGUUCUGUCCAAAGCAUGGACCUCCCUUUUCUGCCUGACUUUGCAUCAGGUGAAGCAUCUCCUGCAUUGGUAGAUUCAAAUACCAAUCUUGGUGAAGAGUGGUCAAGUGAUCAGCAUGUCAGGAAAGGAAAUUUUUACCCAAAAACUAGUCUUCAUGUGAACGUCUGCGAAACUUCUUCAAUCUUGCCUUCAAUGCCAGAAGAGAAGGAGAAGAUAAAGAAAAGAGCUAAAAGAUGGACAACAUAUACAUAUAUGGAAAAUAACCAUUUACAGGGAGCCCCUCAGUCCUUGGAAGCAGCUGUGCUGAAGACAGGAGAGUCUCAAAGUUUUAUAAAUAAAGAGCUGGAAAAUAAAAGAGAACUGGAAUAUCAGAAAGGACAACCAAGCACUGUCACAGAAAACCAACAAGAUGCUCUCGGAAAUGAAGGCAUCACCCUGACAGUUAGAAUUGAGACUGAGAAGCUAUGUUCAAAUUAUGAUACAUUUCCAGAAUCUCAGGGACCAAUACAAGAUGACAGUUCUCUGUCACUGCUGGAUCCACUGACCACAUCCCUUUCUGUCAUGGAAAUUCAGACUGAUGGCAGUUCAACAAAAGGAGCUGGCACUGGACCUGAGCUUUGGGGGAAACUGGGAAUUCUAGGAAGCCAAGAGGCCAAGAAACCGAGGAAUGAAACCUCUGGACCAUUUGACACUUCAGAAUUGGAACAAAACUUGAACCCUCGGGCAGAUACCAUCAAAGAGUUAGGUGAAGACAAUGAAAUACUACACCAUCUCACAGGACCUCUAGGAAACGCCACAAUGCCCCCAAAGAUGGCAGGAAGUAGGAAGAAUCGAACUGAGAAACAACCUCUUUCAAGAAGCAGAAAAGGGAAGGAUGCGCCCCCAAAACUCAGCAAGCAGGCCGAAGACAGGAUCAGCCCUGAGAGACAAAUGCCUGAGAAAACCAAAAGAAGAAAAAGAAAUGAAGUCAACAAGUCUAAAGCUCCUAAUACCAGCAAAGGAGAAAAGAUUAAAAACAGAUCAGAGUUUGUUGGAGGAAAGCCAAAGAAACAAAAAAUUGAAAAUAAAACAACCUCCAAGAAAAAAAAGCCAAGAGCCAAGAGGAAAGAGAUGGGGCAAAAGAUCAGGGCUAUUGAGAUAAGACCAGAACAAAGUAACUCUUUAUCCACAGAGGAGCCAUCUGAUGAAGAUAGUUCUUUCUCAGCCUUCAGCUUGGAGGACUUUGAAGUUCCUCUAAAAUUUGAUGAUCCAGAAAGUCAAGUUUCCAGAGAUGAAAAAUCAUUUCCUACCCAGCCUAUAAAUACCACAGAAAACAUAGGUUCUGAAGAAGACCAAAGUGCUGACACUUCUAAGAUGUCCCCUGUCACCCAGCAUCAGGAGAAAAUCCCCCGGGAAAAGAUUCUCGCAGAAAGAGCUGAGAUGAGGCUGCGAGAGGUAGAGCGGAGGAGAAAGGAGAAGGAGGAGAAGAAGAGGCAACAGCAAGAAGCGCAGAAGAGACUCGAGAAACUAAAGGAAGAGCUGGAGCAGGAGCAGCAGAGGAGAGCCGAGGAGAAACGCUUACAGAGACAGAGACUGGAAGAAGAGCGGCAAGAACAGGAGGAGGAGGAAAGAAGGAAGCUGCAGCAAGAGCAAGCAGCGGAAGCCCGUGCUAAGCAGCUGCAGGAGGAGUACCGUAGGAAGCUCCAGGAGAUGCAAAGGAGAAGGCAGGAGGACGAAGCCAGAAGGGCAGAGGCAGAGAAGCAAAGGCAAAAGGAGCUGAAAAGGAUGCUUGAAGAAGAACAGCUAAAGUUAAUGGAAAUGGCCAAGGAGGAGCGCUUGCUGUACCAGAAGAAGAAGGAAGAGGAAGAAGAGAAGGCCAGAGAGGAGGCAGAGGCAAAAAGGCAGAAAGAAGAGGAAAAGGCAAGACUGGCUUUGGAGAAGGCCCAGAAAGAAGCUGAACAACUUGAAAGGGAGAAAGCAGAUUUGGAGCCCUACCAGAAUUUCAAUCAAGAUUUAUUAAAGGAAGUCAAUGAACUGAAGCACAUUCAGAACAUUAGUCGACCAUGGGUCUACUCGUAUUUCCGGCUGCUAAAAAUGCCUGGUGCCAAGGCUGUGAUGAAAAGGGAAUUGAGAAGUAAAUUGGAUUGAGAGAAGAAACACAGGUUGGAUCCCAUUUUCCUUUUGACCUAGACGUCCUGUAGUAAUGAAUUUCACCUCUGGUGCCGUUCUGGUCCAUUCAAAACCUAUUGCAUAAACUGCACCAGGAGAGAUACAAAGUUUAUACAGUGUACAAUCCCUGCCCUCACUGAGGUUACAGGUUAGUGAAGGGAUGUGACAUGGAUUCUAAUGCCAAAUAAUCUAUGAGAAUGAGACGGCAAGCUCUUUGGACCUGACAAACUCCCCACUCCAGUGUGGAUACUGUUGCUACCCAUCUGUGGGGAACCUGGAGACCUGGAGAGCUGUGAUCAUCAGUAUAUUAUGUAUCCUUGCUUUAUGUCUAUAAUGAUACUUUGCUGUUGUUAACCCAUUAAAGGUUUUGGUUUGUUUUUUAAACAAAAAAAAUAAAAA